UAAAGGGAAUAACAUGGUGUCCCAGUGGAUGUUUAUGUUUACUUGAAGAACAGACUUAAAAGGGCGUUUUUGCGAGACACAACGGAGUUUUCUUUGUAAUAACAUUGUAUUUUUUUUUACACUUUUUUAUGUGUCAAGAUUUACAAGGCCAGUGGCAUGUAAAUCUCAUAGUUCACUAAUGUGCCAGUCUUACAAAUGGAAAGGGGGCUUCACUUUGGAAACGUGAGCAUUUCCCUGGUGCUCCUGCUGUUGCUGAAAGGGCUGACCGGAUUCGGGACGUCGCAAACUCAGGGCUCCGCCAUCGCCGGGAGGGACCUACGGGGCUCAGGUGCCACCUUGGAGGAAGAUGGUGCAAGAGUCAUGGUGAGGGGCUUGGAGAGCGUAAGCGCCCCGGUCAUUGGAGCUGAUGUUACCGUGGAGGACGACGAGAAUGGGUCUGCUCCGGAGGCCGAGGAGUCAUCUGGAGAAAGUCACGGAAAUGUUCGAGAAACGAGGUCUCUUGUGAUCAUCAGUACCCUAGAUGGGCGGAUCUCGGCUCUGGAUCCUCACAACCAGGGCAGGAAGCAGUGGGACCUAGAUGUCGGCUCAGGGUGCCUCGUGUCCUCCAGUCUCAGCAAACCUGAGGUGUUUGGCAAUAAGAUGGUCAUCCCAUCACUGGACGGUGCCUUGUUCCAGUGGAACCGGGACAGGGAGAGUAUGGAGGCCGUGCCUUUCAGCGUGGAGUCCCUGCUGGAGUCGUCCUACCGCAUCGGAGAGGACACCGUCCUGGUUGGGGGCAAAUCGCUCACUACCUACGGCCUGGGGGCUUACAGUGGCAAGCUUCGGUACAUUUGCUCCGCGGUGGGCUGCAGCCGAUGGGGGGAAGACGAGAUGGAGACUGAAGACAUGCUCUUGCUGCAGAGGACUCAGAAGACCGUUCGAGCCAUUAGACCCCGAUCAGGAAUGGAGAAAUGGAACUUCAGUGUCGGAAACUUUGAGCUGAAGCUCGUUCCCGAGAUGCAGUCGGGAAUGAAUUUCCUGGAGGGAGAUGUUGCCAACGGCGACGCCUGGAGGGAGAGUCAGCGGGUCAUCGCCGACGAACCGAAAGAGAGGGAGCAGACCACGAAACAGCAAAAACCCAACCAGAACCUGGACCUCGUCAUCAAGGUGUCCGUUCCCGAUUGGAAGGUCAUGGCUUUCAGCACCGAGCCCAACGGACGGCUGGUCUGGGAGCGUCAGUUCUGCACACCCAUCGCCUCAGCCUGGCUGGUCGGCGGGGGUAAAGUCACACCAAUCAGCCUGUUUGACGACACCGCCUACAGCAACCAGGCUGAAACCGAUGAGGAGGAGGAUGACGAAGAUAAAGAGAAGGCCAGAGGAGCUGCAGAGUCGAGUGUUUAUCUAGGGAUGUUCCAGGGACAGCUCUACCUCCAGUCCUCAGUCAGGAUCUCUGAAAAGUUCCCCUCGAAAGCUAUCGGGUCAGAGAGAGACAUAAUUCCACUACCGACUGUCAAAUGGAAGCCUCUAAUCCAUUCCCCGUCUCGGACACCGGUCCUGGUCGGCUCUGAUGAAUUUGACAAGUGUCUGAACAAUGAUAAAUUCUCCCAUGAGGAAUACAGCAACGGAGGACUGUCCAUCCUUCAGUAUCCAUACGACAACGGUUACUACUUCCCCUACAGCAAGCACUACCGGGAGAAACGUGACAGCGCCGUGAGCUUGAUAAAGGGAAACGGGGCAGGGGCUGACAGUCGCAGGAGGAAGGACCCGGUGCUUCUGCUGCCGUGGUGGAAGGAGAUCCUCGGCACCAUCGUCUUCUGCAUCGCUGCUACAACUUACAUCGUCCGCAAGUUCUUCCACCCUCCUGCCCCUGUGCCCUAUGUGCGGCAACGGAAAGAGUCGGAGACACAGUGCCAGACGGACAGCAAGUACAACCUUGAGGUUGUGGAAUCCAAAGAGCCGGUUGCCAUGGAGACCCGUUCCAGCGAAUAUGUGUCCAGGUAUCUGACUGACUUUGAGCCGGUGCAGUGCCUUGGCCGCGGGGGGUUCGGCGUUGUGUUUGAAGCCCGCAACAAAGUCGACGACUGCAACUACGCCAUCAAAAGAAUCCGUCUGCCCAACAGGGAACUUGCUCGUGAGAAGGUGAUGCGAGAGGUGAAGGCCCUGGCCAAGCUGGAGCAUCCGGGGAUUAUCCGCUACUUCAACGCCUGGCAGGAGAGCCCCCCCGAGGGCUGGCAGGAAGAGAUGGACCAGAGGUGGCUGAAAGACUCCAGUACUACCGACUGGCCAAUGAGCUUCUUGGACCACAUGGAGGUGCUGUCAGUCAAAGUGCCAGUGUCCAGCUCCGUCUCACCCGUUAUUGGACCUGAAGGAGAUGGUCUGGAGGCCUCCGUCGAUGCUCGGGCCGGGCUCUCCAGCAGCGGCAGCGGUGCUGUGAGUUUCAGUGUUGACGAUGGAGACCUGUCUUUCCAUCCGCUCCUGGGCCACGACAGCUUGAUGUCUGAGCGAGACAGCCAGGCUGACCCAGACGCCUCGGACACACCGCACUCCUUCGAGCUGUGCCCCCCGCGAGGCCCCAGCGAUUGCACCUCCUCCUCCUUCGACAUCGUUUUCGAGGAUUCGGGUUGCGACCGAGACGCGGAUGCAGACACAGACACUGACUCUGCCUCGGCUUCUGCUUCGGCUUCGGCUUCGGCUUCGGCCUCUGGUCCAGCCAGUCCGGGCACAGUGAUGGAGAAAAACAGCUCGUCUUCCUCGCACACCAGACGGCAAGAAAACAUCCCGCCCUUUUCUUCCACUCCUCCCCGACCAAACUCGCUGGCCCUGGCUCUCCCCGUUACUCCUGCAGCCCAGCGAGCCCAGCCUUCUCCCAAGGUGUACCUGUACAUCCAGAUGCAGCUCUGUCGGAAGGAGAACUUGAAGGACUGGAUGGCUCAGCGUUGCUUACCGGAGCAGAGAGAGCACAACCAGUGUCUAGACAUCUUCGUCCAGAUUGCAGAGGCUGUCGACUUCCUGCACAGCAAGGGGCUCAUGCACAGGGACCUCAAGCCGUCCAACAUCUUCUUCACCAUGGACGACGUGGUGAAGGUGGGAGACUUCGGCCUGGUGACGGCCAUGGACCAGGAGGAAGACGAGGACGAGCCGAGCGCAUUGACGCCAGCUCCGCUCCUGACCCGGCACACGGGCCAGGUCGGCACCAAGCUCUACAUGAGCCCCGAGCAGCUCUCUGGAAACUCAUACUCUCACAAAGUGGAUAUUUACUCUCUGGGUCUGAUCCUGUUUGAGCUGCUGUAUCCCUUCAGGACCCAGAUGGAGAGAGUGAGGACGCUGACGGAGGUGAGAGCUCUGCACUUCCCAGAGGUUUUCUCCAAAAACAACGUUCAGGAGCUGAGUAUGGUGCGCAGCAUGCUGUCGUGGAGCCCCGGCGAGCGUCCUGAGGCGGCUGAGAUCACAGGGAAUCCACUUUUCCAGGAGCUGGAGCUGCCUUGCCGACUGGCUAUGAGGCAGCGCACCCGUACCUACAGCGCCUCGUCCAUGGGCCGACCCUCUCGCCAGACAUCAGCUACCUGAAGAUGCCAUGACGCAAUAUGUUACCCCCACAAAGCUCGUUUCCCUGUCAUCCCCCUGCCGGUCUGCCGCCUAAGAGAAACACCUCAGCGCCCUGCCAUCACACACUGCCUCAGAAACAAUCACUUUAAAUGCCAAGCACUGAAAAUGUGCAGGAAUUCGUCUCGUUUGCAGAGCAGCGAGACAAAAUCCUGCAAAGUUCCUCUGCUUGGCAAAUACACAUGCCGUUACAGAUUCGCACACCAUUAUGCUGCCCAAGUUCCCAAUUUUAAUUAUACUUACAAGUGAAAGGAUAUUUUAAAAGCGACAGCCGUUCUGUAAUGUUCAGGACCAGACUUGGCUCAAGCGGCACUUGAAAAUAAUUCUUAGUGGUUAUUUUAAAUGGCUGCGAGUACCAGAUGGCAGCUCAGUGUAGAUAAACCAUAAUCCAGAGAACAUUAUAUCCAAUUGAAAUGUUUACCUGUGAUUGUUUUAAACAAUUGGCAUUAUCAUCUACUCUGACAUCGCAAUCUGGUAUGGAACAAGCGUCUGGUACUCCAGGAUAAUUGACAGAAGUGCUAAGAACUAUUUUAUAUAUGAUUUGAUCCCAUUCUGGUCACAACGCGCUGCUUGCUCUCAACAUUCAGCCAGUGUUCGCUCACCCUCGCUACACCUCAGGUAUCAAAACCAAGAGGACACUCCAAAGGGGCCUUUGAUGCUUGAUCAUCCUAUCUACUAGUGACUAGUACUGAUCACUGGUACAAGCACUAACUGGUGUUCUGACACCCAAUAUGCCUGAUUUGGAAGACCAAAAAAGACCAUCUUUUUCCUAUGUUUUUUUCUUUUCUUUUUAGAUAAAAGAAGGUGAUGUAUUGCGUAUAGAAGAGUUUAUGAAUCCAGUUCAGCAGAUGUGAUUUGCCUUUAGAAAGGGGCUUGCAGCCCCCUCUGAAUGAAUGCAGAGCCACUGGCUCAUGUCUUUUUUGCAUGUACCUGAUAGGAAAAUGAAGGGGUGAGUGAGAGUUUGUUAUCUUAAAGCCAGUACUUUGACACAGUUUUUCUGUGUGUAAAUUUACUCAAUGACUCUGAGGUGCUCAAUCAUUUUUCAACACCUCCUCUUAGCUCUCUGUAUAUAAUUGAAGGAAAAAACCUGUUUAUAACUUUUUCUUUGUUAAUUCAGAAGUUUCCUUUGAUCAAUCCUGUAAAUAUUGUAAGACGCCAUUGCUUGUAAAUGGCUUUUUCAUGAGGCAACUGUAAGAUAAUGUGAUAUACUGUGGGAGAGGGAACAAAGAGGAGACGAUCUCUGCCAUUAAUGGAUAGCUGAAUGUUGCAAUGUGACCUCCAGAGUACAGUGAUGGUGGUCACCUCUUAUAACUCAUUGAAGUUAUUCUCAGUGUUUGUUUUCACAUGUUUGGGUUACCAAGAGGAAGUGGUUUGCCCUGCUUUAAGCACCAGAGAAUAACCCGCAGGACCAGAGUGCCAUUUGAAAGUCAGUAAAGUGUACUUUUGUGUAACUAAUAACUCACCUCACACUUUUGCAGUCGUGCUAUUGUGCUCCAACCCCAUCCAGCUGGUGUUCCCGGUAGAGCACAAAAAAGACAAAUACUGAGAUCUGCAGCUCUCCCACGAUGCAGGAAAAAUAGCAUUUAGCUGAUAAGGUGAUACUGUUUCGUCUCCUCUAAACUGGGGACCUGGACCUGAUGUUGGUCAUGUGAUCCACAUAAGGAUUGUUAAUGUAAAUAAGAAGUGCUGGGAGAGUCACAUGACCCGCUUGUAACUACACACACACACAAACACACACAAACUGCUAAUUGUAAUGUGCUUUCAAUGAUUGUACUUUUUUAAAGAUCUUCUCUGUUUUCGAUAAGAGCAGUUUUUGAUUAUUCUGCAGGGUUUUUUGAUUACUGUAAAGUUUUGACUGCAUCUGAUGCAGGAAGUCAAACUGAUGUUCGUCCAUCUGUCCGCUUAGCCCACUGAAAAUGAGUCAUUCUUGUUGUACAAUGAUCAGAGUUUAAAACGGGCCUGUACUCCCACCACGAUUAAAGGUGGAAACGGGAGAGUUCAAUUCCAUAAUGACACUUCCUGAAGUUCAGCAGAACAACUCACGCCACAAAUUUAGACAUUUGCUUUUUGAAAGAUGGUAUGUACUGUACUGUAGGAACUGUACAUAAGUCCUUUGUUGAGACUGUUAAACUUUUUGUAGGCAUUAAUAUUUUGAAGUAACUCAAUAAUGGAACUAAUGUAAAUCCCACAGAAUGAUUUCACAGGAUGUGGGAACCUUUUUUUCCCCUGCUAUUUUAUAGAAAUCGAUUCCUGAGGGAAUUGUGACUUACAGACUUGAUUUUGAACAAUUUUACAGCCAGAAAGAAGGAAAUUGCCACAAUUAUAAAUCACCUACAGUAGUAAAUAGUUUGUCCUUAUUUUUUUUCCCAUUAUGACUGAAAACAGCAUUAAUGACAAUAGUGUAUUAUCUGAGGUUCUAGAAACGUUCUGCUUUUUUCACUCAAUCCAAGAAAAUGUGAUUAUACAAGUUUUCAUGCUUUGUUGAAUUGUGUUCAUCCUCCUUCCACUCCUGCCGACUGGGUAACCGUUCCUGAGGAUAGUUCAAUUAAAUCAACCCCCUCCCCCCCUCCUUCUUUUCAAUCUGUAAUGCCUCUGUCUGGACAUGUAGUUGCCUAUUCUUGUGCACAAACCACAUUUUUCUGUCCAUGUUGAAUUGUAAAUAUGUUUAUUUGCUUUAUUUAUGUUCUGAUGCCGUGAUCAAUCCUUUUUUGGGUUGGUGUUAUUAUGAAUGCGCUUCAUGCGAUGGAGCGCGUUGGAAUAUGAUGACUUCUUACAAGUCUAAAUUUAAUAAACUGUUCUAUACCAUUUGUA